GCUUAAAUAAUUAUAUCCUAGAAUUUGUUGUUGGCUUGAUGCAAUCAUUAUAGCGGAAUUGUUUGUGAUGAUUUUUCUUCAACGAUAAAAAAGUUUGAUAAAAGGGGUUGGAAAGGAGUUAAAAGAACUGUGAAGAUUUAAAAAAAAUCUUGUACCUAAUUCAUACUGUUACUAGCUGUUUUUAUGAUUUUUCUUUUUAAUUUAGUUACAGUUAUAAACAUAUAAAACUAGAGUGUUUACAACACCGUCAAACUUAUUGACUGAGAUCAACCCUCUGGGAUUUCCCUUUGGCUUUGGACUCAAAAGACUUUACAAAGAAAAAUACGUCAACAUUUGAUUGCGUAUUAUUUAUCAGAGCUGUUCGGCAUCAAAGAAAUUAGAGCAAGCCCUUUUUAAAAAUUUAUAUUAAAAUCUCAAAUUCAUUGAAAUUCAUACAAACGUUUAGAAAUACAUGAGCAACUCAUAGGUUAUCUCCUUUGAAACAGUAGAAAAGCUUUUUAAAGUUUACUGUUUAUGGGAGACUUAGUUAAAGUCAGCUAAACUUGUAAAUAUAGACUUGCUAAUAAUUUGCCAAAAUAUGAUUCCAAGGGCGGUAACGAAGAUUUUGGUUUUACUACUUGCAUAUCAAUCAGUAGUAGCAAUUUUAGAAGAACAAUAUCUGACUCAUUCAUCAGCGCAAAAAGUUUUUCCCAGUGAAAUAUCCUGUAAAUCUCUAGAAAACAAACUUAAAUCAUCAUUCAGUUGUUUGUUAAGUUUUAAAACUAAAAAGUACAUAUUUUAUGAAAUAGAAACAAAAACCUAUGGUAAUUUAUAUAUUGCUUUAACAAGGAGCAAAUCAUUUUAUACUAAUAAAUUUCAUGAGUUUUAUGAUUUAUAUAAUGGGUUUCACCGAAUUAAUGAGAAAGAAAACCAAAGUUGCAUUUUGGAAGGAUAUAUUUUAGAUGAAAAUUCUAAAGUUAUACUAAAUAUAUGUGGAGGAUUGCAAGGCUUGAUUUCAAAAUCAGAUGUAGAUUUAUUUAUCUCCCCUUCAAAAAACGGUGCUGAAGGAGAACAUAUUUUAUAUUUAUCUGAAGACUCUUUAAGAAAUAAUGAUCAGCAAUUAAAGGAAAAUAGUAGAAAAGAAGAUAACAUAAAUAAAACAUUCAAAUGUGGUUUUUCUGAAAGAUUGCAGCAUCGAAAGGUUUUUCAUAGAUAUAAACUUUAUUCAAAUGAAGUAUUAGGAGCUCUGGCAAUCCCAAAUAGACGAGUAAGACGUGCAUUUUCUCAAAAGCAUUAUAUAGAGACCAUGAUUGUAGCUGAUCAAACAAUGUUUGAGUUUUAUGGUGAAAAUGAAAAAGAACUUCGUAACUAUCUUCUUUCUGUUAUGGCCAUAGUUUCAAGUAUAUUAAAAGAUAGCUCUAUUGGGAAUUUUAUACAUGUAUCACUUGUGCGCCUGGUUAUUUUAACUAAAAAUCCUCCUGAAUUAGAUAUAACUAGUGAAGCUCAAGAGUCUUUAAGAAAAUUUUGUAAAUGGCAAAAACGCUUAAACAAAUGGAGUGACAAUGAUCCUGAAUACUUUGAUACAGCUAUUUUGAUUACUCGAACUAAUCUUUGUACAAACACAAAAUGUGAUACCUUAGGUUUGGCAGAGCUAGGUAGCAUGUGUGAUUCAUUGCGUAGUUGUUCGAUUGUUGAAGAUAAUGGUCUGAGUGCAGCAUUUACAAUAGCCCAUGAAUUAGGCCAUCUUUUAAAUUCUCCACAUGAUGGUAUAAAUGAUUUAUGUACUGAAGAACUUGAUAAAGUUCAUAUCAUGACUCCAUCUUUUAGUCUACGCUCUAAAACCUGGACAUGGUCUGCAUGUAGCCGUAAAUACAUUACCUCGUUUUUGGAAUCUUCAGAAUCUACUUGUUUGUUAGAUAAGCCUUUUAAUAUUGACUAUAAAGCUCUUAGUAAACUCCCUGGAGAAAUAUAUUCUACAGCUGACCAAUGUAAACUUAUCUAUGGGGAAAACUCAACUGUUUGUCACACAAGAGUAGAAUGUGAUCGGAUAUGGUGUAUUGAUUCAAACAACUUGAGUAAGCCAUGCUAUACAAACAAUAUGCCUUGGGCUGAUGGUACAAAAUGUGGAUCUAAAAUGUGGUGUAGACGUGGUACUUGCCUAAAAAAAAUUGAGUAUGAACCUGUUCAUGGUGAAUGGGGAGAAUGGAGUGAAUAUGGUGGUUGUUCUCGCACCUGUGGUGGAGGAAUUAAAUUUACAACUAGAGAGUGUGAUAAUCCCAAACCUGCAUAUAAUGGCAAUUAUUGUUUCGGAAUUCGGAAAAAGUAUGAAUCGUGCAAUACAGAUAGUUGUCCCUUAAAUUCAAAGCCAUUUAGAGCUGUUCAAUGUUCAGCAUUUGAUGGGAAAGACCUUAAUAUUCCAAACAUACCUAAAGAUGUUCAGUGGUUUCCUAAAUAUGUUUUGGAAGAAGAAUGUAAGCUGUACUGUGAAUAUAAAGGGUCUUCAAAUUUUUAUGAAUUGGCAUCAAAAGUAAUAGAUGGUACAAAAUGUAUGAAUGAAACAAACAGUGUUUGCGUAGAUGGCAAGUGUGAGGUUAGCGGAUGCGAUAAUGUUCUUAAUUCACAGGCAAAAGUUGACAAAUGUGGCAUAUGCAAUGGAGAUAAUAGUUUAUGCAAAACAUUCUAUGGGUAUAAAAACAUCUCAUCAUAUGGUUAUAACUUUGUUGUUCUCGUCCCAAAAGGAGCUAGCAACUUAAAAGUGGUUCAAGUUUCAGAAAAACAAAACAUGUCUGAUAGACAUUUUCUAGUACUUUUAAACCAACAAAAGUAUUAUAUUAAUGGUGAUUGGAGGUUAUCUUCUGGAAAAGGAUGUUUUACUGUGGCAGGCAACACAGUGUGUUAUUCUGGUUUUAAAUCACCAAAUGAAACUAUUACAGUUACUGGAACAUUAAAAAGUGAUAUGGAAAUAAAGGUUUUAAGCGAUGAUAAAAAUCGAAAUUGUAAUAUUUAUUAUACAUAUAAUUAUCAUGAUCAUGAAGAAAAAAAAUUUAAAUGGUCACUAAAAGAAUUUUGGACAGAAUGUUAUCCAAUCUGCAAAGGAUACCAGUCACGAGAGUAUGAAUGUCUACAAACUAAUGAUUUACAAGUAGUUGCAGAUAGUAAGUGCAAAGGUGAAAGGCCACAAGGAAAAAUACGCACUUGCAAUGAUAACUGCUACUUGCAGUGGUCAGUUAUACUUGGUGAAUGUACUCCAUUGUCAGUAUGUGGGUUGGGUUAUCAAGAACAAAACGUUUUUUGUGAAAAAGUUUUUUAUGGCAAUGAACAAAAAAAAGAAAUAGUGCAUCACAAAGACUGUCAUAAAGCUAAAGUUAGUAACAUGCCAUCAAAUCAAAAAUCUUGCUAUAAGCCUUGCACUGAAGGUUGGUUAUAUUCACCAUGGUCAGAAUGUAACACACCAUGCGGAGGUUUGCAGUGGCGAAGUAUUCAAUGUGUUGAACUAUCCUCAAAUGUUUCUUUGCCAGCAAUUAAAUGUAAUCAUACAUUAGCAGAACCUCUGAUUCAACCUUGCAACUUAAAACCAUGUUCUUCAGGUGUUGAUGAAUUAGAAAGUAAAGAAAAUCAAGUUAAGUGGUAUACAAGCUCGUGGAAUGAAUGUUCUAAGAGUUGUGGAGCAGGAACACAAAUUCGAAGUGUUAAUUGUAUUACACUUAACGGUGUUGUUGAUGAUAUUGAAUGCAAAUUUUUAAAUAAGCCAAAUGAAAUGAGAUCCUGUAACAAUUUUGAUUGCCCAUUCUGGAGAUUUGGUCCUUGGAGUAAGUGUUCAAAAACCUGUGGUGAAGGAAUUCAAACACGCACGGUUUUAUGUAGCUUUAAUGAAACUGUUGUUAAAAAUGAACUUUGUAAUCAGGAGAUACAUGUAGAGGAAUUCCAGAUAUGCAAUAUUCUGGAGUGCAGUCAGUCUGUUUUGGAUAUAAAUAUUUUAAAUCAGUCUAUGGAGUGGAUUAUAUCUGAAUGGAGUCAGUGUUCUGUCUCAUGUGGUGAGGGUGUAACUAUUCGUAACAUAACCUGUUCUUCAGAUUAUUGCAAUAAAACGGCCACACCUGCCAUUACAUCACCUUGUUAUCUUGAUCCAUGUCCAGUGUGGAGUUUAAGUCAAUGGAUGCCAUGUUAUUAUCCUGAAAAUUGUGGUUUGGGAUAUCAAGUUCGCCAAGUUCAAUGUCAAAGAGAAAAUGGGGAAAUAUUAAACAUGACUGCUUGUGACCAAUCAAAUAAACCUGAAUUUAAUAGAAACUGUGAAACAAUCAGAUGUGAAGAUUCCUUAUGGGUAACAGCACCUUGGAAUACAUGUAAUGUGCUCUGUGGUAAUGGUAGUCAGUAUCGUGAUGUUUCUUGUCAAGACUUAAAUGGCAAUCUAUUAGAUGAAAAACAUUGUUUGAAAUUAAGUAACAAACCAGAUGAUAAGCAACCUUGUACCCAAUUAAUUUGUCCUGUAUGGUAUUCAUAUGAGUGGGGAGCUUGUGAUUCAUCAUGUGUUCAUCAACGAGUAGUUGAAUGCAGACAAAAUAACCAGGUCAUUGAUGCAAAUUUAUGCAACCUGGAUGAUAAGCCUACUGAAGAAAUUGAAUGUGACACUGAAAAUUGUAUCAAAGAACAUCAUGUUUAUAAAUGGAUAUUAGGGGAUUGGACUGCAUGCAGUAAAUCAUGUGGUUAUUCAUUCAAAACAAGAAAAGUGGUAUGUGUAAAUGAGAAUUCAAAUGAAGUUAAUUUACUUUAUUGUUCACAUACUGAAAGACCAAAAUCUUCAGAGCAUUGUUUUGAGCGCCCUUGUCCGCCAUCUUUGCAAAUCGGUCCUUGGCAAGAGUGCUCAGUUACAUGUGGUGGGGGUUUUCAGUUGCGAAAUAUCUAUUGUCAGGGGGAAGCAGGCUCUAUUCUUCCAGAUUCUGAGUGUAAACUGGAUCAAAAUAUUACUGUUAGGAGAGUAUGCAAUAUUGCAAAGUGUAACAGUAGUUUUAGGUGGGUGGCUGGUCCAUGGAGUGAGUGCUCAUUAUUGUGUGGAGUGGGUGAAACAUAUAGAAAAGUUCAAUGUAUAAAUAGUGAUAAUAUAACAGAACCAACAUACAAGUGUAAUGAGGAUCUAAUGCCUCCAAAUUUUAAAGUUUGUAAUAUUCAAGAUUGUCCGUUGCGUACAUGUCGAGACAUUCAAAAGAAAUUUAGUGUAUAUAGUGAUGGUGAACACACACUGUUAAUAAAAAACAAAACUUUAAGUAUUUAUUGUGAAGGCAUGCACCGGAAUAACCCUAAAGAGUACAUUACCUUAAUAGCAGAUAAAAAGCAAAAUUAUGCUGAAAUUUACAAUAAACGCUUGCAGCCAGGAUUCUUAUGUCCUGAAAAUGGAAGGCGUCAAAUUUCGUGCCCUAACUGCUUUGAUUAUGCUGCAUCAGGUGUAAGCUUUUUUAAAAAGUUGCGAUUAGACAUUCGGAAUAUGGUCAUUAUACUUGGAGACAAAACCUUUGCAGAUCAAUUCGGACAAAAUCCCCCUGGUUACGCAACCGCUGGCGAUUGCUAUAGUAAAGUAAAUUGUACUCAAGGAAGUUUCAUGAUAAAUCUUCAAAAGACUGGAUUUCGAAUAGCUGACGAUGUUGAGUGGGUAUCACAGGGUCACCAUACUUCUCAACAAAUUCAAAGACACAAGGACAAUCAAUUUGUUGUUGGUAAGUGUGGUGGUUAUUGCGGAUUGUGUACGCCCAACUACAAGAUGGGUUUAAAAGUGGGCUUGGCCGUUUCCUAAGCUAUUCAGACUUUUCCGAGAACAAAUUACGCGUUUCUUAAACGUAAAAAAACAAAGCGAACAAGUUUCAAUUAAUCGUUAUUGUGCUGUCAGUAGCAACAACAGAACUUAGAUCUGAGAUCAAGUUUACCUUCUUAUUCUGAGUACGUGAUCCUUAUGAUAUGUAAAUACUUUAAUGUACAGGUCGUGUAUAAAGUUGACAGAUCGUAUAUAAAAAAAGUUCAACAUAGAAAUAUAAUAAAUUUAGUAAUAUUUUAGUAAAUUUAGUAACAUUUUGUAAAUCUAGUGAAAUUUCAGCAAAUCUAGUGAAAUUUUAUUUUAUUUA